GGCAGCCGGCCCAAAGGCGGCGCAGAGCAGAGGCCGAGGCCGAGGCAGAGCCCAGCGCAGGCUGGCGGCAGCAGCACCAAUGGCGCCCGCGGGCGCCAGGGGCAGCUCCUGGGCGCCGGGGCGGAGCUGCCGAGCUCCUGCGGCUCCCCUUGGCUGCCGCCGCUCCGCUGCGGGCGGCACUUCCUCUCCGGCCCCAGCUCCGCCGCCGCUGCGCUGGGACGCGCCGCGCGCAAGGGCAGGCUCCGCUGCGGGGCUUCUGCUGCAGCGCUCUCUGCCCGCCCAGGCCGCCGGGAGCCUGCCGGGGCCGGCGCUUGGCAGCUGCCUGCGCGCUGAGCUGCGCCUCGGCCUCCUGCUCUGCGCCGCCUUUGUCUGCUCGGGGCGAGCAAUGACUUCUUCCCCCACCAGCGUAGACUCACAGAACAACCCAGACAAGAGCUGGGAGGAGAAACAGCACCAAGUAAACAAGAUGGAGCAGCUGAAGUGCAGCCCCAAGAAAGAGGAGGAGGAAGAAGACAGCAUGGAGGGUGGUGAUGAGAAUGAUGACUAUGAUGAUGCUGACUGUGAGGAGGAGGAGAACGAUGAGGAUGAAGAUAACCAAAAUGAUGAAGAGAAGGAGGGACACACCAGAGAGAAGCUGUUUCCCUGUUCUGAGUAUGCCAACAGUUUCCUCCAGAAAUCCAACCUCACUCUCCACCAGUGCUCACUCACCAGUGAGAAGCCCUUCACCUGUGCUGAGUGUGGCCAGAGCUUCAGCUACAGGUCUGGCCUUACCACCCACCAGCGGACGCACACAGGUGAGAAGCCCUUCACCUGUGCUGACUGUGGCAAGACCUUCAGUCAGAGCUCCAACCUCACCAAGCACCUCCUCAUUCACACUGGUGAGAAGGUUUCCUGCCCUGACUGUGGCAAGACCUUCAGUUGCAGCUCCACCCUGAACAACCAUCGCCGGAUCCACACCAGAGAGAAGCUCUUCCCCUGUAUAGAGUGCAGUAAGACCUUCACCGUGAGCACUGCACUCCUCCAGCACCGCCUCAUCCACAGUGGUGAGAGGCCGUACAGCUGCACUGACUGUGGCAAGAGUUUCAGCCACAGUUCCACCUUCACUCGCCACCGCCGCACCCACACCAGUGAGAAGCCCUUCAGCUGCACUGAGUGUGGCAAGAGCUUCAGGCAGAAAUCUACUCUCACUCUCCACCAACGUGCCCACACUGGCGAGAAACCAUAUGCCUGUGGUGACUGCAGCAAGAGUUUCGCUCACAAGGCCUCUCUCAUCACACACCGUCAUAUCCACACUGGGGAGAAGCCCUUCACCUGCAGUGACUGCAGGAAGAGUUUCACUCAGAAGUCCUCUCUCACCACACACCGUCGUGUCCACACUGGUGAGAAGCCCUUCACCUGCAGUGACUGCAGCAAGAGUUUUGCUCAGAAGUCCUCUCUCAUCACACACCGUCGUGUCCACACUGGUGAGAUGCCUUACAGCUGUGCUGACUGUGGCAAGAGGUUCAAGAGCGGCUCAAAUCUCACCCGGCACUGCCUCAGCCAUGCUGCUGACCAUCCCAAUCUGGAGGCAGUCACAAGUUAACCCACCCUGGGUCUGUUGGGGCAAUUGGGGCGACCCCAAGAGGGCCUUUCCAGCAGAUGGAACCAGAAUCACCUCUUUUUGAUCUGCAUUUCUCAGGUACUGGAGGCUCCAGCAGCAAACAAUAACCCCUACCCUUCUAAACACCAAUUAGUGGUGAUGAGAAUAAUUACACUGAUGAGUUGGCACAGCUGGUGCUGCCACUGGAGCUGUGCUGAGCUUAUCCAGGAUUUAUCUGGUUGUUCCGCAAUGCUUUGGGCCUCCCUGGGUUUAAAAAAAAGACCUCUCCAUUGCCCAGAUGUGAAUAAUAACCAAAGUUACUCAAA